UUCGCGUUUAGUUCGCUCGGAGGAGUCGAGCGCUGCGAACGUUGAGUCGCGACAAUAGUUUCUCCGAACGGAAAAAUUGUGUCGCGUGUGCCCCGAAGAUCAGUGGUACUUUUAUAAGAUAUGGAUUAUGUGCAUGCCCCUUUGUGAAUAUUUUGUGUUUUACUCCAGCGUCCCCGGACCACCCUUUUAGCUGACUUCCAUUUGUAAGUUGGAGCAAUCGUUAUCCAGUUCGUAACCAUGGAGACGUUGCAAGCUGUGUCCGUCCCGUGGCUAUCCACUUUAGUUCUUCUCUGCUCUUUCUUUUCAACACACACCCUUGACACCAAGAUACACGAGCACAUGACAGCCGACGAGCUCCGAAGCCUCUUCCACGUGGAACAUCAAAGCCUGGUACCAUCCUAUCACCUGGUCCACUUACACCACAUAGCCAGGCGGUACAUCCCACACCUAAACGCCCACGGGUCAUCCAAGAAGAUCCUACACGAAAAGGCUGAUACGAACGAGAAAAUGUAUGCCAAAACAAGAGAUGCCAUCAAAGAGGAAAUUGGUGAUUUAAAUGAAACAGUGAGAGUGGAGUUUGACGCGAAUUUAAGUGACGGUGAAAGUGAUGUGCACAAAAUUGAGCUGGAGGCGUUUGGGAAGACGUUGAACCUAGUUUUAAGGAGGCAAGAGGGUUUGCUGAAAAAGGAUGGGCUGAGGAUGUGGAAGGCGCUGACGAAUGAGUCACAACCCCAUGGUGUGGACUAUGAGGAGAUGGUGACGGAAGGCGAAGAAGACCUGGGUGAAUUGUAUCAUGAUGAUGAGAACGGAGCUGCCUUGUUGAUUCGACGACACCCGAAGCAUGGAAAACUUGUUGUGGAAGGCUCCAUCGGUCACGACCUGCUGAUCAGGCCUAUUCCUGAUUCAAUAACCGCACCUGACGACGAAAUGUUCCUGGACCCUAGUAGCAUGGCUGACAUGGUUUCCAUUGACACAGGAUUGCCCUUAGUUAAGAGAAAUAAGAGCGCCCAAGAAGAAUUACAAAAGAAGCUCCAAGGCGCUCAACAUGUCAUCAUCAAGCGUGAUCCUGAGACAGGAGACCACGAAAGCGACUAUGCUUUCAUGGAGCCAGAUCACCUCAGUAAAAGGUUUAGGCGGCGACGCUCCACAGACUCUCACAGCCGGCGGAAACGGGAAGCGCCUUACGUCAUCUACCCGGAAAUACUCGUCAUUGUUGACUAUGACGGAUACAGGUUGCACGGUGGAGACAAUCUACAAAUUAAACGAUACUUCGUGUCAUUCUGGAAUGGAGUCGAUCUUAGGUACAAACUGCUUAAAGGGCCCAGAAUACGAAUCUCAAUUGCUGGUAUUAUUAUUUCUCGGGGUCGAGAUGCGACGCCGUAUCUCGAAAGAAAUCGAGUUGGUCGUGACGCAAUUGACUCUGCCGCUGCGUUGACAGAUAUGGGCAAGUAUCUGUUCAGGGAGAGACGACUGCCAGUAUACGAUAUUGCAGUUGCCAUCACAAAACUAGACAUGUGCAGGAGACAAUACGCGAACGAUGCGUGCAAUAGAGGGACAGCAGGUUUUGCGUACGUCGGCGGCGCAUGCGUCGUCAACAAGAGAUUGGAAAAAGUGAAUUCGGUUGCCAUAAUCGAGGACACUGGUGGUUUUUCUGGUAUCAUUGUCGCUGCUCAUGAAGUUGGACACUUAUUGGGCGCGGUCCACGAUGGAAGUCCGCCCCCAUCGUACCUGGGAGGUCCUGGAGCUGAGAAGUGCAGAUGGGAAGACGGGUUCAUCAUGUCAGACCUUCGUCACACGGAGAAGGGCUUCCGGUGGUCCCCAUGCAGUGUGCAGAGCUUCCAUCAUUUUUUGAAUGGUGACACGGCAACGUGUUUAUACAACUCACCUCAUGAAGACGAUUCCCUACCGAGGGUACUUCCUGGGCGGCUACUCACACUAGACGCACAGUGUAGGAAAGAUCGGGGAACCAGUGCGUGUUUCAAAGAUGAGCGGGUGUGUGCGCAAUUAUUCUGUUUCGACGCGGCAAGUGGUUACUGCGUGGCUUACAGACCCGCUGCUGAGGGGUCCCCAUGUGGGGACGGACAGUACUGUAUUAACGGAAGGUGUAUCACCGAGAACGAGAACAUAAUUCCGGAUUACUCCCAACACACGCCGAGUUACGUCCGACCUGAGACCAGCCCCUUCUACGGAAAUAUUACAAGUAGCGAAGAUACAACACAGCCAUACGUACCCAGUACAGAACCACCCAACCAACAAAACUAUUACAAAUCGCCAGAAACAACAACAGAAAACCCAUACCACUACUACACGCAAGAACCAAAACGCGUUGAGAAAAGCACAGAAGCAACAAAAUUCCCACCAUCACUGAACCUAUACUCCGUAUCGACCACACGAAGUCCAUACGAUUUCCAAGAUUUCUAUUCGAGAACCACGGCAGAACCCAAACGGGGCUUCUUCAGCAAGGGCGAUCUUGAGAGCUACUUCUCUCGGACGACGAAGAGCCCCUACCAGGACAAGGGUGUCCAAUCCGUCUUCAAAUUUGGAACGUAUUAUUCCCAAAAAUCGUCGGAUAACUCCAUAAGACCAGAUGCUAACUCGCAGCAAGUACAAAUUGAGCCAGCGAGAUUAGUUUACUCGUAUCAGAGAAAUUUGACGGAUCGUGUGUAAUGUGGUAGCCGCCAUUAGCAAAUCGAGCGGGAAACAUAACUGAAGACUGCUAGCUGGAUAACAGAAGAAAUGGCGCUAAAACGCCUUGUCUAUGAAAGUCCAGCCUUUAUAUUUGCAGAUUGUGACGUGUUCGCAUAUUAAAUUUGAAUAUUACCCGAUAAAUAUUAAAUAGGCAUAUUUUACAAUAGCUUUUUUUAAUAUUUAUAUUUUUUAAAUAUUAGCAAAAAUAAGUAUUCUUUAUAUUGUAUUUGCGGUGCUUGAUGUUUGUUUUUAGCUGAAGUCAGCCUUAUUAAAAAAGAAAGAGGGAUGAUUAUUUUAACAAUACUUCUUAAUAACAUUUAGUUACUUAUAAUAUAACUAAGUAAUUAUGUUGUCAAGAUGUACCAUAAUAAUGAGAAAAAAUAGGUUUAAUAUAACCUAAUAUUUUGUUCACCUUUAAAAUUUUAUAAUGCAUAACUGUCUAUCUGUCUAUGGCUAGAAUAGAAUUAAAAUGUAUUCUUGAAUUAGUGUCAGGUAAAAUCGUUAUAUAAUUGCAAUUAUAAAUUUAAAUUUGAUAAUGGGUAAUAUUCAAACUUCAGCGGGUAAAAUAUGCGAAACACUAGUUUGUUUGAAACGUGUCUGACAACUCCCAGGCAUUGUUGUGAGUGAUAUUACAAUGUGAUUGUGUAAUGAACUUUAAGUACAUUAGUUUGUAAAUAAAAUACGACGAACAAGAUCAAGGAUUAGCUGUAAUACUUUAGUCUAUGGUAUUUCGUUUAAAAACGGUUGUAUAAUAGUAUUUUUUUAAGAAUAUAAAGAAACUGCCAAGAAGUGCCUUUUAAGAAAUAGUUUAAUUUAGGAUUAUAUAACCUGGAAUAUCAUUGAAGAACAGUGAACUACUUUAUUUUUAUAGAAAAGGCAGCGGGGUUUCACUUAUCUAUAUUUUCUAUGCGACUGGAUCGCACUUUUACUCUUACCCUUAUAUCCGAUUUUACGACAAUGUUUACUCCUUGCCAUUGUUGACACAAUAGUCUGUAAUUUUUGUUUUUCAUAAUUAUUUAUGACAUAGAUAAUAAAAGUUACCAUAGAUUAGUUUGGCAAUUAAAACUGUUACUUGCCAACUAUUUAUUAUUUUCUAUUUAUGUAUUCUUUCGUCCUAUAU